AUGGUGGGCCUGACGUUGACUGGGAUGUUGUACUCCCUGCUGUUCCGUAGAACCUCCACCUUCACCCUUAUCAUCGCUGUGGGCGCCCUGUUUUUCCAGCGAGCCUUCAAUCAAGGCACAGACUUGAUGUAUGAAUACAUCAACCUGGGGCUGUGGAAACACAUCAAGCAUAAGAACCAUUAG